UUUUCUAGUAGUGCGACGUCGCAUUACGAAAUAUAUCCAGAAAUAUCGACCAAACGAACUAAAAUGAAAACAACAAGACUCCUAAAUUAUUUCCAUAGAUGUCAAUUAAAAAGUCAAUUGGACAAUGGUCUGCUUCAGAAACCGUACAACGCCGGCUAUUUCCAAUCGAAUUUCUACGCAACGACCAGAAAAGCGGCUAUCCAAGAAUUUAACAGCCCGGUGCAACAACAAAGAAGGGACUAUUCUUUUAUCCAUGACACAAAUUACAUGUAUUUCGGCGACGAUGCCAAUUCCGAGGUGGCACUAUUUGAAUUGUUCAAAAAUAAAGAAACUGGCUUCCUGUCCAUCGGACGAUUUUUAUCCGCUUUAAGGGCAACUGGGCUAAGAAAAAACGACCCAAGACUGAAGGAGGUGAUAGAAAACUUGAAAAAGAUGACGAAGAAAAAUGCCGAUGGCUUCAGCGUCGACACCCAAAAAUUAACUCUGGAGCAUUUCACGAGUAUAAUAUCACCGAGUAUGGGGCUAAUUUCUCGGGCCUUCCGACACCAGUUCAUAAUCCCGGAAUUCCCCGACUUCUGCAAAGACAUCGAGGAAAUCUACUGGAAGUGCAAGGACAAUAACGACGGAAAGGUUGCCUCUUAUAUACCUCAAUUGGGACGCAUGAACCCAAACUACUGGGGGGUUAGUAUUUGCACCAUAGACGGCCAACGCUUUUCCGUUGGCGACGUAAACGUACCAUUUACCAUACAAUCUUGUAGCAAACCUUUAACUUAUGGUAUAGCGUUAGAUCUGUUGGGCCAGGACGUGGUCCACAAGUAUGUGGGUCAGGAACCAAGUGGAAGAAACUUUAACGAACUAAUUCUAGACCACAACAAGAAACCUCAUAAUCCCAUGAUAAACGCCGGUGCUAUCUUGGUUUGUGCCCUGUUGAAAACGAUGGCGGGGCCUGAUAUGAGUUUAGCCGAAAAAUUCGAUUUUACUAUGAAUUACUUUGAGAGACUGGCUGGUAACGAAGAUUUGGGCUUCAACAACGCCGUCUUCCUAUCAGAACGUGAAGCUGCAGACCGAAACUACGCCUUGGGUUUCUACAUGAGAGAACACAAAUGCUUCCCCGAAAACACCAAAUUCAGAGAGUGCAUGGACUUCUACUUCCAGUGUUGCUCGUUGGAAGCCAACUGCGACAUAGUCUCAGUAAUGGGAGCCACAUUAGCCAACGGAGGCAUUUGCCCCUUGUCCGAAGAAAAAGUACUGAAGCCAGAAAGCGUCAGAGACGUCCUGUCUUUGAUGCACAGCUGCGGAAUGUACGAUUACUCAGGUCAAUUCGCCUUCAAGGUUGGAGUGCCGGCAAAGUCUGGAGUGAGUGGUUGUUUAUUAAUAGUCAUUCCCAACGUCAUGGGAAUCUGCCUCUUCUCCCCGCCUUUGGACGCCCUCGGCAACAGUUGCAGGGGCGUGCAGUUCUGCGAGGAGCUGGUCAAGAAGUUCAACUUCCACCGCUACGACAACCUGAGACACGCCUCCAACAAAAAGGAUCCGAGACGGCACAAGUUCGAGACGAAGGGUCUGAACAUCGUUAAUUUGCUGUUUUCGGCUGCGUCUGGCGACCUACCGUCACUCCGAAGGUACAAACUAAUGGGCUUGGACAUGACUCUAUCGGAUUACGACGGAAGAACGGCACUUCAUUUGGCCUCAGCCGAAGGCCAUGUGGAAUGCGUGGAGUUCCUCCUGGAGUUAUGCAACGUAGAUCACAACAUUAAGGAUCGCUGGGGCAACACCCCGUUGGAUGAGGCGACCAAUUUCGGUCAUGCUCCGGUCAUUGAGUUACUCCAAUUGUGGGACGAACGGACGGAAAGACGGAAGAAGGAGAAGGAGAACGUGGACGAUCCCCCAAUUGAUCUUGUUAACCAAUUGAAAGAUUAAAGAAACGUACAAAAUUAGUCCAUAGUUGUGUUUUUGGUGGUAGUCCCGUUUUUGGGGGAAGUUUUAUUUUGUUACGUUUGUUGAGGUUUUUAGGUCAAAAUUAAUUAAUCAGUAUUUUUUGAAUGUUUCUAUUGUUAACGUUUGUGAAUCUGACAAUACGUAGUAAACAGUAUUAUUGUGAUAUUCUAUUCUUAGAGCAAUAUUUUGGUUACUUGUGCGGACAAUAAUAUGAAAUGUUAAUUACUAAUGACAAUUUUCAUUUGUUUUUUGUUGUUAUCUAUAUUUUAAAACAACCUGUAUGGAUUGGGUUUAAAAAUUGAAGAAUUUUAUCAACUUUUGUCCGUCAGUUGAUAGGUACAAUUUUUAUUUUAAACGUCCUGUAUGUUAAUGUGAUAAGUAGUCAAUUUUAUUAUAUUAUUAAAAUUAUAUUUUGUUAAUUGUGUUCAGACAAUAAAAUGUAUGUUCAUUUUUAA